AUGGUUGUGAGAACUAGUGAUCAAAGGCAGGCAACAUCGAGUGUAAUUGGUGAAUACAUUAAAUCCAAGUACACCAACCUCAAAACUGUAUACAAACCGGCUGAUAUUUUGAGAGACAUGAGAGAUGAUCAUGGAAUAAAAAUGAGCUACUCUAAAGCCUACAGAUCGAAAGUAGUAGCUCAAGAAAUGGUAAGAGGAAAACCUUAUGACUCUUUUUCAUUAAUACCAAGCUACUUGUACAUGCUAGUGGUUGCAAAUCCGGGUUCGUUUGUCAAGUUGGAAGUAAAAGAUGACAAUAGCUUCCUUUAUGUUUUCAUGGCAUUGAAUGCAUCUAUAAAAGGAUGGGAGUUCUGCAUUCCGGUAAUUGCUGUUGAUGGCACUUUCCUUACUUCAGCCUAUGGAGGUAUGCUUUUAACAGCAUGUGCACAAGAUGGAAAUGGUAAGAUAUUUCCUCUAGCUUUUUCAGUAGUGGAUUCUGAAAACGAUGACUCCUGGGAGUGGUUUAUGAGGAGAAUUAGAGAUGCAUUUAAGAUGCGAAGUGACAUGUGUAUAGUCUCUGAUCGACAUGAAAGCAUAAAAAAUGCAGCCAUUGCAGUUUUUUCAGAAGCUUCCCAUGUAUUGUGCACAUUUCAUUUAUUCAACAAUGUUAAAAGAAACUUCAAGAAGUCAUCAAAACCACUACGAGAAGCAUUUUAUGGGGCAGCAAAAGCCUACACAACUGAGGCAUUUGACUACUACAUGAAGCAACUUGACGGUAUGUGCAGAGGUUUAAAGACUUACCUAGAAGCUGUUAAGUAUAAAAAAUGGACACGAGCACAUUGCGAAAAUAACAGGCACAAAGUCAUGACAACUAAUAUUGCAGAAUCAAUGAAUUCAAGAAUAAAGGCAGGUAAGGAUCUCCCAAUCACUACACUACUUGAGUACCUACGAAAAAUGGUGCAAGAAUGA